AUGAGUUUAAAGUGGCAUUUGCUUCCAGAACAGGAGAAGAGGAGAUACCUGGAUGCUGCACAGGAAGAAAAUAAUGGCUGUAGCCAUGACAUUGGGAAAUGCAAGGAAACAGAGACAUAUGCAACGAUUAAACAUCAGUUGAAACCCCCUGCAGAGACGCUGUCCUUUGAUGAUUUCAAAAAGAAUCCUGUACCAUCAGAUGAUAUUGAUGACUCAGGACUUUCUAUUAGUCUAAUAGAAGGCACAAAAAGCAUGCCUGAUCUUCAAGUUAAACCAAUUGUUGUUGCACUUCCAAAGUCUGGUUCUACGAAAGCCAGUAAGACUGACAACAACUCGAAGAAAAGGAAAGUUCACCUGCUAAAAGAUGUAAUAAUUUUCAAGUCCCGUGAUGCAACCAAGCCCCCUAUCUCUGCAUUUUUAAGAUUUGUCAAGGUAAACCGCGCAAGUGUUUUACGGAAGAACCCUCAAAUGACUUUGCUUGAUGUUCAACGGAGGCUAAGUUUAAUGUGGCAUUUUCUUCCAGAACAGGAAAAGCAGACGCACGAGGAAGCUGGGCUGGAAGAGAAUGGUCACUGUGGAAUGCAGGAAAACACUCAAACAGAGUUAUGUCAACAAUUAGAAAGUCAGCAAACGCUAAAGGACCUUUUUCAAGAAAUCAAACCAGAUUCUUCUUUUCUCAGGUUUUCAAAAGAGUGGCUGGAACAAUUACAGAAUGGAUUGUUGUCAAACGAUGAAAUCAUUGACAUCAUUGAAAAGGAGUGGGCGCAGCUUUCUCAUCUUCAAAAACGGAAAUACUGGUACUUUGAAGCCAAAACCAGAGACAAGCGGUACUGGGACAGCAAGAUGAAGACACUCCAGAUUUACAAGCGGAAACACAACCUGGGAUCAAAAGCCUUAAAAGCGUUAAUUGGACAAUCCGUUGACAGCAAUCAAAAAUCAAUUGUUCCAGCCCACAGCAGUUUUGAAAAUUACAGCAGCACAAACACGAGUCACAUGUUUUCAGCAGAAAAGAGCCAUCUAGAAAACAUAGAUGGUGUUGCUUUAAACAGACUGAUUCCAGUAGCUAGUACUCAAUGUAAAGACAACUUUGACGAUGAUUUUAUUAUAACGGUGAAGGAGGAGUUUGAUAGUGAUGUUGAACAUGAAAACAAUGUAAUGGCUGAUCAUAUUGAGGCUGUUCCCAUGGAACAAUCACCAUGUGCAGGGUCUCAGUCAAUAGAAGUGGUGCAACCAUCUUCUAAAUGUUCAGAGUUGGAAAAUGGUUUGAAGAUCAUUAAAAGAGAGACAGAUGUCCCCAAAGUUAUUGAAGGGACUGUAAAGCAAUCUUUCAGUGAUGAAAUAUGUAUAACUGGACAAAACAGCAAAAUGGAGCUAAGUGUUCUGGGUAAAACAGUUGAACCACCCAAAUGUAUAGCUCCUGAAAUUGACAAUUCUGCUGAGGUUGCCCAUGUGCCUAUUGAAGAAACCCGAGGGGAUGGGUCAGUCAGCAUAGGUGACUCUAUUAUUAUAGAUGAGAACGUGUAUCAUAUUACGAUGAAUGAUCACAGUGAUAUUACCGCUGAAGAUGAUGACAUUCAGAUAACUGACGUAUGUUUUGAAAUUGAAGACCUAAGUGCAAAUAAUGUUGUUAAUCUAAAACAACAAUCUAGUCAUCCACUGUUACAAACAAAACAUGUUGAUAUUUCUGAUAACAACACCGAUGAAAAGGCUUGUGCUUUCUCGAUUGCUGCCAUUUAAAAAUAACAAAAUACAUCUUGAUGCUUCACGUUUGCCCUAUGGUGCGACUUUGCGUGAACUUGCAGGAACAGUUAUAAAGGAAUCGUUAACAGGGGGCUUUACGUAUAAGAACACAAGCCCACCUGCUUUGUCUUCAAGAAUACCUAUACAGUCAAUUCUUGAAACUGUGCACAAAACUCAAGAAUUGAAAUCAAGUGUUUCCUAUCCUGUCUUGAAACAGUUUUUGGCGACAAACAUAAAUAAAAAGUAAACGGUGUGAGAACGAAAUCUGAGGAAGAGAGUGUUGAUAUACCGUCAGAUAGAGGUCAUACAUGCAAAAAUGGCAUGUGUCAAGGUCAUAAAAGAAGAAAAUAUAAGCAUAACAACCGAUAAUAUUGACUUAUGGUCUAGUGUUCAAAUUCAGUGGAAUAUUGUUUACAAAUCAGAGUAUUGUGUAGAUCAAUGUGAAGAUCAUGAAGACAAUAUCGCAAUUGCAAUUUUUACACAUUAAAGGAACUGGGGAUCACUUAUUUGUACAUAAGAAAAGUGGCAAGUGUCAGAAACAAAAGGAAAACAAUAAAGUUUGAUGAAAUGUUGCCACAGGACAAGCGGUUAUUGAAGUCAAAGGAAAGACAAUUUUGUCUGAGUUACAGAGCAAUGAAUCAUGUAGAAGUAUAUUUGUUAUUGCGCUGAUUGGUAUUUCACUGAAAUUGAUUGGAUAUUUGCCUACACGUUUAUGUGCAUAUAGCUUAGGAUUGCAAAUGGGCUAUUUACAUAAAGCUCGAUGUCACCGACUUCGUUAAAUAGGCAAAAACAGUUAAUGAUCAGUAACUAGAGUUUGGAUGGAAGUAUUUUGCUAACAUUUAUAUGCAAGUAGCUUUCUGUUUUAUGAAGAAUGCCAUGAGUAAUUGAUAUAAAACAACGUUCCUGCGUUUUUGCUGUCCGCAUACCGUCCCCAAUUAGUUUGUCAUCAUAUUUUAGAUCCAUUUUAAGAAGCUUCUAAUGCAAUAAUAAAAGAAGAUUUAAUUGUAA